AUGAAGAGCCUGCUCCUUUUCACCAUUCUGGCUGCCUUAGCUGUGGCAAUUUUGUGUUAUGAAUCUCAUGAAAGCAUGGAAUCCUAUGAAAUUAAUCCCUUCUUAAACAGGAGAAACGCUAACAGCUUUAUGUCGCCGCAGCAGAGAUGGAGAGCUAAAGCCCAGGAGAGGAUCCGCGAACAAACCAAGCCUGCCCACGAGAUUAGCCGGGAAGCCUGUGAUGACUUCAAGCUUUGUGAACGCUAUGCCAUGGUUUAUGGCUACAAUGCUGCCUACAAUCGCUAUUUUAGGCAGCGCCGAGGAGGCAAAUGA